CCUGUCCUCUGGUUGUCUUAGCUCCCGCUUUCACACGUGCAUAUCCUACGACAUAACCAAUUCAGGUUGAUGUUAUUUCACCACACAUUUAAAAUUAACAAUUGUUGAUCAUUAGUGUCAAACAAUCAGUAAGGACUCUCAGAAUCCAAUUAUACUUUCCACGAAAUAAUGUCAAGGAAAUAAAAUGUUUUCAGUGAAAAAUUUACUAGGAAAUUUAAUUUCUCAAAACUCAUAUAUCAAACCAAAGUUGCUGUCAAGAUCAUUGAAUCCUUUAGUUAAUGAGCUGUACAGAAGUAAAAAGAGUCUUGCCGACGACUCGUCUCGCAGAGGAAAAAAAAGAGGGAGUAAGAGCGACUCCGGUGUCGAGAAGAAACCCGAGGAGUCGAGCGAUGUGAUCAACUCGUUGUUCCACCCGGUUCCAGUGCUGCCUGACCUGGAGAACAAGAACCUCGGGGCUGAAAUAACCAGCAAACUAAACAGAGCCGAUGUCCAAAAAGUCCUCGCGACAUUUCAUCAGCAAAGAGACGUCCGAAGUCUGGCCAAAGACUACGGACUGACAGAGAAUUUGCAACGUCUCGCCCUAAACAGUUUCAGAGUUUACUGUGACAACCCAGAAACUCUUCCGGUAGACUUGUAUGUCAUCAUCAGUGACAUUCUCCAAGGAGCUGGACAUGUCACUGACAUUUUUCCCUACUUUAUUCGCCAUGCCAAAGAAAUGUUCCCACAUCUUGAUUGCAUGGAUGAGUUGAAACAAAUCAGUGACUUGAGAAAUCCAGCCAAUUGGUAUCCGCUCGCGAGAGUAAAGAAAAGAAAAAUAAUAUUUCACGCUGGACCAACAAACAGUGGGAAAACUUAUCAAGCUCUCGAGCGCUUCAGAACCGCGAAAAGUGGAGUUUACUGCGGCCCACUCAAGCUUUUAGCUACUGAAGUUUAUAACAAAAUAAACAGCCUGGGAACGCCGUGUGAUUUAGUUACUGGAGAAGAAAGAUUAUUUGGGAUAAACGAAAAUAAUCAAGCUGAACAUAUUGCAUGUACUGUUGAAAUGGCUCGAAUAAAUAUUCCAUGCCAAGUUGCGGUCAUCGACGAAAUCCAACUCCUGAAAGACACUGGCAGAGGUUGGGCCUGGACUAGAGCAUUGCUGGGAAUUCCUGCUGAUGAAGUUCACCUGUGCGGUGAAGCGGGAGCUAUUGAUUUGGUUAGAAAAAUUUGCCUGACGAUGGGAGAAGAGGUUGAAGUGAUGACGUACAGACGUCUCACUGAAUUAAAGAUCGAGGAUACCGCAGUGUCGACGCUGAAUAACAUCCAGCCGGGAGACUGCAUAGUUUGCUUUAGCAAAGCUGACAUUUACACAUUGUCCAGAGAACUCGAGCUCCUGGGAAUUGAAGUAGCUGUCAUUUACGGAGGGCUUCCGCCCAAUACUAAACUGGGCCAGGCUGCUAAAUUCAAUGAUCCAAAUCACCCGUGUAAAGUCAUGGUUGCGACCGACGCGAUAGGCAUGGGAUUAAACUUAAAUAUCAGAAGAGUGAUAUUUUAUUCAUUGAUAAAGCCGACGAUAAACGACGAUGGAGAAAAAGAAAUAGAUUUAAUAUCAGUUUCUGCUGCUCUACAAAUCGCCGGUCGCGCUGGUCGUCAUGGAAGCCAUUGGGAAACCGGUUUCGUGACAACAUUUAAACCUGAAGAUCUUCCGAGGUUAAAAAAUUUAUUGACCCAGACACCAGAGCCAAUAACAAAAGCUGGAUUGCAUCCUACUGCUGAUCAGAUCGAGUUGUAUGCAUAUCAUUUGCCGAAAUCGACUCUGUCAAGUCUCAUGGAUAUUUUCAUAUCCUUGAGUACAGUCGAUGACGCUCUUUAUUUCAUGUGCAACCUCGAAGACUUUAAAUUUCUGGCAGACAAAAUCCAACAUGUCCCGCUACCACUCAGAGCGCGUUACGUAUUUUGUUGCGCUCCGAUAAAUAGAAAAUUAACCUUUUUGUGUUCAAUGUUUCUCAACUUUGCACGGCAGUACAGCAAAAAUGAGCCCAUAACUGCAUCGUGGCUGUGUCAGCAAAUUUCAUGGCCUGUGAAAACACCCAAGACUAUCCUUGAUUUAGUUCAUCUUGAGGGAGUCUUCGAUGUACUCGAUUUAUAUCUUUGGCUCAGUUAUCGAUUCAUGGAUCUAUUUCCGGAUACAAAUGAAGUCCGCGAAGUUCAAAGAGAAUUAGAUUUAAUUAUUCAAGACGGUAUCAUUCAGUUGAAUAAAUUAUUGACUAAAUCUGAAGCAGGUUCUAGCGAAACUUUAGGAACAAAUGAAGAUAAUUUGCAAUCUGCAAAUAAAAAUCAACGAUAUUCUAAAGAAGCUUAUGUACAAAAUUACGGCCGAGGAAAAUUGACAGAAAGACUUUUAGCUCAGGGUUUACUGACUCCCAAUAUGAUUGCGGAGCUUCAAAGAGAAUGGGCCAGGCCGAAUAAAAGCAACGAGAAACGAGCGUCGAAAAAAACUGAAUUCCCUCGAAAGACUAAAUGUAUGUGUGAAAGUUGAAAUAUUUAAAUGUAUAAAAGAUAUAAUUUUUAUAGCUAAUUAUUUUAUAUUUAUAGAACUUUAAAAAGUAUAUAGAGUAAUAACUGCGUAAUUCAGAGUGACGAGUCAUGUAAUUAUUUAAAUACCGAGUAAUUAACGAAGGUUCGAAAUUUAAAAGAACGAAAAAUUUUAUAAAUAAAAUUUACAUAAAAAAAAAAAAAUAGUGACUGUAAAAUUAUAUAAAUAAAGUUUUUUAGAAUAUUUUAUUCAAGAAAAUAAUGCACAAUAUUUAUUACUUAAUUAUUAUUUUUACAAAUCAACAGACAUUAAGUUUACGGUCUUAAUAAUAAAUAGAGCAAGCGAUUAAUUAAUUAUUUAUGAAAAAUAAAAUAAUACUCUGUAAAAUAAAAGUGAUAUUUUAAAAAUACGAGUAUUGAAUUAUAGUUUUUUAAAAAACAAAUUACAAGAACAAAAUUGAUAAAUUUAAAUUUUUAAAAAUUGAAUUUUAAUUUAUUGUUGGUUUGAUUAUUUUAUUACGUAAUAAUACUUAAGUUUGUUUAUGAUUUUUAAUACAGAGAAAAGUUGUUAACUUUUAUGGCAAAGUGUGGAAUUUAACGCAAGAUAAAUCAACGGACUAGAAAAUUGAAAUGUAUUGACGAAGACAUGGAACGUUUUAAUUACCAGCUUUAAUCAGGAGACGAUGAUAAUAAUUUAAGUUUGUAAAGAACCCAUUGUGCUUACAGCCACUCAAAAGAUAAAUAUAUAAAACGGUAUUGUAAAUAUUAAUAAAUUUAAUUGUAUAAAUUGGAAUAGACGUCUAGGAGUUCUGUUACUUUGAGUCUGUCCGUUUAAAACUCUAUGACAAUUUAAAAUACUUAAUUUUAUCAGUGUCAUCGCAAUAAUUGUAUCAAUAACUUGUAAAAUUACCUCGUAAAAAUAUAUAUAAUAAAUAUGUAUAUAUUAUAAAAUUCA